UGCCUCAUCUCCUCAUCCAGGGCCUUCCGCUCCCAGAUGCUGUUAGCAGAGUACAGGAAUGCUCCCCAACUGGUUCCAUGCCAUUGCAGUCAGUGGGCCAAGCAGUGGGUAAAGCCAGGGGUGGAGAUGUUUUAAUUCCAGGGCUGAUCUUUCCAUGGGAGCAGCACUUCCCGUGGUGUAUAGGGAAAAAGAUGGGUCACUGGCCUGCGCUGGUUCUGGGUCACUAAUCAUAAAAUUAUAGAAUGGAAUGGGUUGGAGGGAACUUAAAGAUCAUCUGCUUCCAACCCCAGUGAUGUGGGCAGGGAAACCUCCCACUGCCCCAGGAAAAAAGAGGAAUUUGGGAGAUUCCCCAGGCCAAACUCCCAGUCUUAGUGUGAAAACUGUCAUUGGAGUAUGUUAUUCAGGGCUGUGUUGGAUUAAAUUAUAUAUAUCCACUAGGAUGGAAACUCAUCCACCAUCCUGGUCCUAUUUAUCUUCAGGAACUUUGCCACAGGAACUUAAGGAGGAAAAUUAGGAGGAUGUUUUGUGUAUUUCUGAGUUGCAGCUUCUCUUCAAGUCUAGGGCAGAGUGUGACAAGGACCUGCUAAUCCCUCCACAGCUGCUGGAGAUGCCAGAGGGCCCCUCAGUGAGGAAGUUCCAGCUGCUGACCUCCCCUUUUGUGGGACAAGUGGUGGCCAAGGUGGGGGGAAGCAGCCGGAAGCUCAGUGUGAAUGACCUGAAUGCCCUGAGGCUCCAGGACUCCCAGGUUCAUGGGAAGAACUUGUACCUGGCAUUUGUGGCAGCUGAAGGUCCCACUGGACCAACUGCAGAAGAGACAGUGCUGCAAAGAGAAGCUGCUUGUGGGGCACACUGUCCUGCCCAGGGACAGCAAGGACAGGAUGGUAUUCCACAUCCCUAUUCCCAGGAUGAGAAGCUGCAGGAAGCCCAGCACUCAAGAUCUGAAGCCCCAGAGGCAGCAGAGGGUCAGGGCAAUUGGCUGCGCAUCCACUUUGGCAUGUUCGGCAGCGUCCGGGCAAACGAGUUCUCGAGGGCAAGCAGAGCCAAUAAAAGGGGGGACUGGAAGGAUCCUGUGCCCAGGCUGGUUCUGCACUUUGAGAGUGGAGGCUUCCUUGUUUUCUACAACUGCCGGAUGCUCUGGUGCUCCUCUCCCAGGGCUGAUCCUGCUUCUGACAUCCUGUCUGUGGAAUUCCACCGAGGCCGGGCACUGCGUGCCCUCUCUGCACCCGAUCCCAUCUGCUACACCCUCCUAGACCAAAGAUAUUUUUCAGGGCUGGGGAACAUCAUCAAGAAUGAGAUCUUGUACCUGGCCAGGAUCCACCCAUUAACACCAGGCUCCCUCUUGGCUCUCUCAGAUCUGGAGCAUCUGCUGGACUGUGCCAUUCAGUUCAGCUCUGAGUGGCUGCACAACAAACUGUGUGGCCAAGGGCUGCACCCCCAGGUGUACCAGAAGGAGCAGUGUCCCCUGGGACAUCCCCUGAUGAAGGGCACCUUUGGACCCACGGGUGGCUUCAAGAGACUGACGUGGUGGUGCCCUCAGUGCCAGCCUGCGGUGCUGCCAGGGGAUGGGGACCCCUCCCCAGUCACUGAGUGACCUGCCCUGCAGGGUGCUGGGUGGUCUCUGAGCCAUGCUCCUCGUUGUCCUAGAAGGCCUCUGUGGUUUCUUCCAGGCUGUUGUGUUUAGUCCUUAGGAAGUUAGCAGAGUUAAAUGCCCAGUGGAGGUCCCAGGUCCCCUGAGUGGCUGUCCAUGUUUUUUUUUUUGUCACAGUGGCACCACAGUGUAAAGAGUUUGACCAGGUCUGAGGUGCAUUGGUCACCUUAUUCAGGUGGCAGUGGAUGGGAAGUGUAAAGGGUUAAGCAGGGGAUUGCUGUGGUCUGAAGUGACCCUGUCCCUUGACCGCAGAUGAGUCAGCAAAACAGAGGAUAUCCCUCUGCCUAAGCAGCUUGAUUAAUUAGGAAUUAAAUAAUCCUGCCUCCGUUUGGAGCUGAAUACCUGUGUGCUGGGCUGUGAUUGGGUGUGGUUAAACAUGAGGGGCCCUUCCCGUGGAAUCUGACAGGAACAGCUCCUUCCUCCUUCUACAUCAACAUGUACAAAAUAUACGUCAGCAGUGCUUGGUGGAGCUCAUCUCUGCACCCACAGGUUUCAGCUUUGUGGCAAACUGCCAAUUCCAGAUCGCACUGUAAAAACUUAAAAAAAUUACAGUGUGUGAAAGUGUUGCAUAAAACUCAGGAUCUCCAAGGAAACCUGAAAGCAGAAAGGUUUGGAAAUAGAGCUGUGUCUCUACACAAGGUGGGAACUGCUACUGUCCUCUCUCCCUGGAUUUGAGUUUAUUUUAAUAAUAAGUUGUUGACUUGAACAAAAAAAUAAAAGCUGGAAUUAGAAUCA